GUUUUUACUCCAUCAAGCUUCACGCUGGUUUCCGCGUGUUGAUACUGAAGAGGAUCCGAAGAGAAACAAGUUUUGUCGCAUCGCUAGAGACCCAAACUCAGGCCAAAACCAGAGGAACAUGGACAUGAAGAAGAGGGUUUCCUUAGAGCUGCGGCACCGCUCGCCCACAGAAGUCCAGGAGCUGGUUCUGGAUAACUGUCGCUCCGGAGAGGGAAAGAUCGAGGGAAUCACGGAAGAGUUCUCGAACCUGGAGCUGCUGAGCCUCAUCAACGUGGGCCUGACGAGCGUCGCAGACAUCCCCAAACUGGACAAACUCAAAAAGUUGGAGCUGAGUGACAACAGGAUAUCAGGAGGCUUGGAGCUGCUGUCCGAGCGACUCGUGAACCUAACGCACCUGAACCUGAGCGGGAACAAGUUCAAAGACAUCGGUACACUGGAGCCUCUGAAAAAGCUCCCGCAGCUGAAGAGCCUGGACCUGUUUAACUGCGAGGUCACGAACCUGGCGGACUACAGGGACUCCAUCUUUAAGCUCCUCCCACAACUCACCUACCUGGACGGGUACGACAUCGACGACUGCGAGGCGUCCGACUCCGACGGAGAAGUGGUCGACGAGGAGGAUGAGGAAGAGGGCGAUUCGGAGGACUUUGAUGAAGAGGAGGAGGAAGACGAAGAGGAUGUCGUCGCCGCUGAGGAAGUAGACAGCGACGACGACAGCAACGAGGACGAGGACGGAGAGGUGAACGGAGACGUUGACAGCGAGGACGACGACGACGAUGAAGAUGAUGACGAUAGUGGUG